CUCCCGUCAAUGGAAGCAGGCACAACAACGCCCACCUCGACCCGUUCCCUCAGCCGCGACGGGAUCUUUCUCUAGAUAGCGCCAGUUACCAAUCCAUUUGCAAUUGGCGGUACAGCAUUUCUAAGUCGUUGUCUGCUUGGGUAGCGGCACCCAUCCCGCUUGUCGACCAUUCAACACCUUUUCCCCCUCCAACGCGAAUUCGAAAAGAUGUCGACCAAGCGGAAAGCCGCCACGGCCAUCGCAAAGCCAGUAGUGAGGCAAAGCGCAAAGACGCCGACCAAAUCCAAGAUUGACGAGGCCAGGACCGCAGUGUCAACAGGACUAUCACGAAAUCCAGCAUCGAAAGCGUCAGCUGAAGCGAUCGACAUCGCAGACGACUCGGCCGGCCAAUAUGAUUCUGACAAUGAGGAAGGAGCUAGCGAUUCUGAGGAGGAACACGAAGGUGGCGAGACCCUUUCCGCCAAGCCCUCAAGGCAAAAGAGAACCCAGGAUGCCACAGAUGUGGACGCAGUAAUGCAAGAAGCGGGCGACACCUCCGACGGCGAACCUGCAUCGCCAACCUUCGGCGACCUCGUCCGUGGCAACUCGACCAUCGACGUCCCCGCCGCCCUGGCCGCCCAAGCAACCACCACCGCGCAGACCUCCCAGCUCCCGUCCCAACAGCACACCACAACAGCCCCAAUCAGCGCGACCUCGCUCGGCAUGGUGCUGAACCAAGCCCUGCGGACCGACGACGCCGACCUGCUCGAAUCGUGCCUCCAGACGACCGACGUCAAAAUAAUAGAGAACACCAUCAACCGCAUGGACUCGUCGCUCGCGGCCGUGCUGCUGUCCAAGCUCUCGGCGCGCAUGCACCGCCGGCCCGGCCGCGCGUUUGGCCUGAUGCGCUGGAUGCAGUGGACGCUGGUGGCGCACGGCGGCGCUCUCGUCACGCAGCCGGACCUAGUCGCCCGGCUGGGCGAGCUCAGCCGGGUACUCGAGGAGCGCGCCCGCGGCCUGUCGAGCCUGCUGGCGCUUAAGGGCAAGCUGGAUAUGCUCGACUCGCAGAUGAAGUUCCGCAAGUCGGUCAAGGCGGGCGGCGGCGUCGGUCGACUUCGAGGUGGGGACGAGGUGGAGUCUGAUAAGGCGGAGGAGGACGAUGAGAAGGACGUGGACGAGCCCGGGGUGGUAUAUGUAGAGGGCCAGGAGGGGCUUAGCAAACCGCUUACCAACGGUACGGCUGCUGGUCGGGAUGCUGGUGCGGUUGAGGACGAUGAUUUCCCGGCUGGGCGGGCUGAAAUAUCGGAUUCGGAAGAGGAGUCGGACGAGGAGUUUGGGGAAGAAAUGGACGAGGAAUUGGCGGCAGCUGAGUCGCUGGAUGAGGACGAAGUGGACCACGACGAUGUAGAGGAGGAUGAGGAGGAAGAGACUGAGGGUGAAGAGUCAAGGCCUCCCGCAAAGGUUCGGAGAACAUCGGAGAGGAUCUCAAAAAGGAAGUAAGAGUCAGAUAGAGGAGCAUUUGGGCGUCUGGGAUUCUAUGUACGGGGGACAUAGACGACUGCUGUCGGAGAAUGUGAAUGCAUAUCCAUAUGUCUGACCAUUGACAUCCGUUCAGUC